AUGGCACCUAGCGCCGUCCAUGCCAUCACUGAGGAAUAUGCGAACUUGACCAUCCACCCGACGUACCAUGUCAAACCCGUCUCCGAAGAGUAUAUUCAGGAUGGCGUCGACAAAGCGAAGGAAGUGGUGGCAGCGGCACUGCACAAGCACAUCCGCGCCGUCGAUCCCCACGCCUGCGAAGCCGGCGAGGAAGACGCCUUCUUCGUGGCAGACAUGGGCGACGUCUACCGCCAGCACAUGCGCUGGAAGAAGAACCUCACGCGCGUCACGCCCCACUACGCCAUCAAAUGCAACCCGGAUCCCAUGGUCCUCCGCCUCCUCACCAAGCUAGGCGCGGGCUUCGAUUGCGCCAGCAAAGCCGAGAUCGAACAAGUGCUCAAGCUCGGCGUCGACCCUUCCCGCAUCAUCUACGCCCAGCCGUGCAAAACGAAGAGCUACCUCCGCUACACCGCCAAGCAGAAUGUCAAACAGAUGACGUUUGACAAUACGGACGAGUUGUAUAAAGUCAAGGAGAUCUGUCCGGAGGCGGAACUCUACCUCCGCAUCCUCACCGACGACUCCGCCAGUUUGUGCAGACUGAGCCAGAAAUUCGGCGCCAGCAUGGAAAACACCCACGACCUUCUCUCCCUCGCCAAGAAACUGGAGCUCAACAUAGCAGGGGUAGCCUUCCACGUCGGCUCUGGCGCCACGGACCCCUCCGCCUUCGUCACGGCCGUCCGCGACGCCCGGACCGUCUUCGACACCGCCUUCGCGCUCGGUCACGCCCCGCAUACGCUCGACGUGGGCGGUGGGUUCGUGUCCGACACUUUCGAACAGACAGCCGCCGUGCUGUCCGCGGCGUUGGACGAGUACAUCCCCGCUCAUGUGAGGGUGAUUGCGGAGCCGGGGCGGUAUUACACUAGUUCGGCGUUCACGUUGGCUUGUAACGUCAUUGCGCGGCGGACCGUGGAGGAGAAGGACCCAGAAGACGGUGGGAAGGGGGAGAAGAGUUACAUGCUCUACCUCAACGACGGCGUCUACGGCAACUUCUCGAGCAUCAUGUUCGAUCAUCAACACCCCAUCCCGCGGAUCCUGUCCUCCCAGCGGCAGGAGCGGAGGGAGAAAGAGCAGAACCAUUUCCGCUACACCACCACCACCUCCACCUCCUCCACCGAGUCUCUGACAUCGGACUCGGGCUACGACUCUGCAACUACCGACUCCUCCUCCUCCUCCUCCUCCCCCCUCUCUACCACCGACCGUCAGAUCGAAUACUCCAUCUGGGGCCCCACCUGCGACGGCAUCGACCUCAUCGCCCCCCACUGGACGUGCGCGGCAACGGUCGAAGUGGGCGAUUGGUUGUACUUUGAGGACAUGGGCGCGUACACCAAGUGUUCCGCCACCCGGUUCAAUGGGUUCACGGAUCGGCACGAGACGGUUUAUGUGUGCAGUGAGAGGGGUGCGGGGCCGGUGCUUGGGUUGUAG